UGUUCUUCUCGCCCCCAGGUACCAGGAUUAUUUAUGACCGUAAGUUUUUGAUGGAGUGCCGUAAUUCUCCAGUUGCCAAAACACCACCUUCCGACCUUCCGGACAUUCCAGGUGUUACCAGCCCAAAUGUGGAGGAGUUGAAGAUUGAGAACAACCAUGUCCAAAACAGUGAUGAGAAAGUGAGCGCAGGUGUUACCAGCCCAAAUGUGGAGGAGUUGAAGAUUGAGAACAACCAUGUCCAAAACAGUGAUGAGAAAGUGAGCGCAG